AUGGCAUCUUAAAGUGAAGAAAAAGAUUUAAUAGGAUCAAUAUUAAGUGGUAAUUUAUAAUUAACUAAUCGGAGAUGAUGAGAUUAAAUUAGUGUCAACUUUGUGCAAGAGAAGGAAGAAUUUAUCACUCAAAUCAAAAGAAUUCAAUCCUGAAUAACAUAUCAAUUAUCAAGAUAUUCACACAUCAAAUGCUAGUAUAAUUUCUACAGGAUAGGUAUCAUAAUAGAAAUAGCGAAUAUUUUUUCAUACAUAAACAUCUAUAGAAAUGUAUUUAUUUAUAUAUAAAUAAUCCAUUUGUAGACAGUCUUAAUUAUCUAGUGCUUUAAUUUAAACAUCAGAGUAAGAAUUCUGUGGUUCAGCAGAUAAUUUUUAAUGUAUCGAAAUUCAAAUUAUAUCUGAAUAGAAUUUGAUUCAAUAGAGAAACUGUAGAUCAAAUAAAAAGCCAAAAAACAUCUUACUGUAUAACCAUUAGAAUAUUAACAUACACAAUAUUAGUUUAAAAGUGAUUAAAGUCUUGAUGGAAAAAUGUAACUUAGUUAAAUGGAUCUUGUAAAUAUAAUUAUUAAGAAUUCUUAGGAAUAAAUAUGUGGCAACCAAUUAAUAAAUAGAAAAUUAUAAAAUGCUUUGGAUGGUAAUGAUUGCAAUCAGAAAAGACUCAUUUUUUGUUAGGUUGAAAAAAUAUGUGUAAAAGCAGCAAAAGACAUGUUUGGUAAUUAUACAGUGUAAAAACUAUUUGAUGUUGCAGAUUACGAUUAAAAAUUUAAAUUAUAUUCUCUUUUGAUUAGUCAUAUUUUGGAAUUGUCAAAAAAUUAAUAUGCUUGUAGAGUUGUUUAAAAAAUGAUAGAAUUUGUCAAGUAACCAUAUAUCUAUUCAAAAGAGGUUCUCCUGAACAAAUUGAAUCAUUCUUCAAAACACUUUAUCCAUACAUUUAUUAAUUAUUAAAUGAUGUAAAUGGUAAUUAUGUUUUGCUAUCUUGUUUUGAAAUAUUAGACAAAUCUGCAUUGCUUUUUAUUAUCCCAUAAAUUGAAGAAUGUGUAAUUAAUUAUAUAAAUAUAAGAUUCCAAUUCUCUCAAAAUAGACAUAUGGUUGUAGAUUAAUUCAAAAAGUUUUAGAACUUUAUUCUUACGAAAUAACCUAAAGGAUUUUAGAUAUAUUGAUUUCUAUAGCUUAUUAAUUAUGUUAUUAGGAAUUUGGAAAUUAUAUAAUCUAAUACCUUUUAAAGAGUGGACCAUAAAAAGAAAGAUUAAUUAUUUGCCAAAUUAUUUAGGAAAAUUUCGAAAAAUUAAGUAUUAAUAAGUUUGGUAGCAAUACUGUUGAAAAAUAUAUUGAUUUAAUGGGACCUUCAUAAAUUAUUAAGAACUUAUGUACAAAAUCAAAUGAUUAGUACAUUAUUGAUUAAUUUUAGAUUUGUAUUUUAUAACUUAUCGAUCCAUCCUUUUGGAAAUUAUGUAAUAAAAAAAGUUCUAAUAAGUGGGGAUCCUUCAGUUCAUUAUCUAAAAUAAUUAUUAAAACAGCAUCCAGAUCUUAUUUAAUAAAUUAAAAACUCAGAAUUCGGAUAAAGAGUUGGUUUAAUUUUGGAUACUGUGUGA